UCGCCUUCCUCCUCGCCUUCGCCAUCCUCAGGCUCCAGCCCGCCUUCGAUCGAGUGUACUUCCAGAAAUGGUACCUCGCCGGAGCUCGAAAGAGCCCGCGCCACCGCGGCGACGCCGCCGGCGGAGGCGUCGUCGAGAAGUUUGUGAAUCUCAACAUGAGGACGUGCUUCACGUUCUUGAAUUAGAUGCGGGAGGCGCUGAGGAUAAGCAAGAAUGACCUGAUCCAGCAUGCGGAGCUCGAUUCUGUUAUCUUUUUGAGGAUCUACAUUAUUAGCUUGAAGAUCUUUGUACCAAUGACAAUCCUAGCUCUGUUAGUUCUUAUUCCGGUGAAUGUAUACGAUGGGACAUUGAAAAAUAUUCACAAAGACAUAGUUUUCAGUGGCAUUGAUAAGCUCUCAAUUUCAAAUGUUAGGGAGGGUUCUCAACGGUUCUGGUUUCACCUAUCAAUGGCAUACUUGUUCACCAUAUGGACUUGCUACGUCCUUUAUAAGGAGUAUGGACAUAUAGCCUUCAUGAGAUUGCAUUUUCUAGAAGAUCAAGAUCGUCGUGCUGCUCAGUUCACUGUAGUUGUCAGAAAUAUCCCACAUGUUUCUGGGCAAUCUAUAUCAGAAAGCGUGGAUCAGUUUUUUCAACGGAACCAUCCUGAACACUACCUUGGCCACCAGUUAGUAGCAGAGCGUCAGAUAAUUCUCAAAGAUCCAAAAGCUAUCAUGCCUGUAGCAUUUGUUUCAUUUGACUCGAGAUGGGCUGGCUGCUAUUUGUGCUCAAACUCAACAAAGUAGGAACCCAACACGCUGGUUAACUUACUGGGCACCAGAGCCACGCGAUGUUUACUGGAAGAAUCUAGCUAUACCAUUUGUUUCUCUCAGCAUCAGAAAACUGCUUAUAUCAUUAUCUGUGUUCGCUCUGGUAUUCUUUUACAUGAUACAUAUUGCUGACAUGCAGUCACUGGAAAAUCUCGAUGGUCUGGAAAAGGUGGCUCCUUUCCUCAGGCCUGUGAUAGAGCUAUGCAAUUGCUUCCAAGCGAGAAAACCUGCAAAGGGAGAUGGAACGGCGGAUAGUAACACAACAUAUGACUUGCAUGGAUGUAUAACAUCACACUCAGUCUUCUGAUGAUUCCCAAAAACAUCUGAGAAGAAGCUUGGUUAUGUUCUUGUUAUCGGAGCAACAAACUAACAAAAUGCAAUUGACCAACCUUUAAGGAGAGCUGGACGGUUUGAUCGUGAGAAUUCUUUGGGUGAACCUGAUGAAAAAACCACUACUAGAGAUCCUGUCAGUUAUUACUCGAAAAUGUAAAUGUGUGUUUUGGAGAGAGUGGAGUCAAUGAGAUAUAGUUUUAUAUAAUAAUUAUGUCCUUUUGAACUUUUAAGUGUUUCAUAAAAUUA